GAUCUGAAACCUGAGACCUGAGCUGACUUGAUCAUAUACGUUGCAUUGGGAUGCAUUUUACGUUUACAAAGUGGAUAAUCUUAUCAGCAAUAUUACGUAACAGUGAUAAGUAGCUGGACUUGAAACAAUUGAUAGUAUUGUGCGGCUUGUUUACGUGAAGUGCCAUGUAGGUCGCAGCACUGUGUGUUUGCAAACUUCAUGAGAGAUAUGGCGAAAUUAAGAAAUGAUCAAUAACUAAGGUCUAAUUAAAUCGUUGUGGAUUAUGUGUCAAUAUGUUUAAAAUGCAGGGUAUUUAAACGAAUACAAUGAAAUUAAGAAGCCUACUUGUGUGUGCAACGACAUUCCUAAACGUUUAUUAUGUCCAUGGCCAUUGCAUUGAUAUACAUUCCCACAUCGUAUCACAAGGUCUCCAUUAUGUCCCAGGAACAAAUCCUUGCACACUGUGCAUUUGUGACAAAGGCAGUCCUAAGUGGUGUAAAUCAGUUUUGUGUUCACCCCCACAAAACUGCAAAUCAUUCGAAGUGGGAAGUUCCUGUUGUGAAUUCAAAUGUUUAGAUGACAUACUCUCAGGACAUGAGUCUUACAAAGAAACAUAUGAUGUUGCAAUAAGAUUUAUAGCUAGUACAGUCACAGCAGUCUUAACAAUAGCAGUCCUGUUCUUUUUGUACCAGCGUCUAAAGAGAAACAACAUUCUAGCACAUCACAAUCAUCAGCGUGAGGAUCAGAGAACUCUAAGCAAUGUUGGAUACAUUGCAGGAAAUUUUGGUUAUACCCAACAUAAUCUGGGUUAUUUGGGAACUAACAAUAAUGAACUUGAAAUCAGAUAUGAGGAGACAAAUACCAAUUUCUCGUUGUGGAAGCCGCCAGGAAAUUACUUUCCUAGCGGCGAAGCUCCUCCCCCAUACGAAGAAGCUAUGAGAACUACCCAGAAUGAAAUUGUAACCAAUCAGAUAAAUAACAGUGCUAGCAAUUUAAUAAGCACAUUCUCGGCUUCAUAUCCUCAAGAGAUAAACCCCAUGGUUGUGUGCCGCCACGAGGAGUCAACGAGCAUUCCAAAUAUAUCCAGCAAUACGCACCAGUACGUAAACAUUCGAGUGCAAAAUCCAAAAACUGAAGUAAACAAGAAGAUUGAACGGAGAGAAACUGCUGAAGCUUCUUACGAGAACAUAAAGGUUUUGAAAGCAGCAAUAAAUGAGAUCAACCGGCCGACGAGUUCGGGAUUCAUUAAACAUGCAUAUCACAAAUCGCGAAGCAGAGAGAGUGCAAACACAAGUAAGAUCAAUUACGAUAAAUCCAAUGCUGUCCAAUAUAAGGUUCGGCCUGUUGAUCACCAGUCUGAGAAGCGUUCCGAUCAGAAGAAAAUACUGCACCGAACACUACCAAAGAAUCUCAGAGAUCUGCUGAUCAAUGUGGAGAAGCACGACUCGAUAAAGCUGGAAUCACUUGAGAACUCAAUAAACGUGAUGUCAUCUAAUGUACAGACGAUAAGUCCUGAUCUGGGAAAGUUACGGGAUCAGAAGAAUCUCAUUUCGUAUCAGUCCUUGUCGCAGGAUGAGGAGGACUACAGUUAUAGAAGCGAGUGCGAGAAUUGCAAGUCUGUUAUCUCGACGAUGCCCGACGAUGAGAUAGAUGCGAUGAAUGAAACCAUGUCACUUCAAAGAAGACCACCCGAUACUGCUUACGACAAAUGCUACCGUACCUCCCUUACAUUACCAAGUAAUACUAAAAAGCAGAGAACAUCGUAUCCAAAUCCAACGAACAGGGAAAAAUGGUUCUCUUCUAUGCAGCAAUCCAGCAGCGAGGAAUCAGACUAAUUAUGUUUAUAUAAUAUAUAUCUUGGAAGUAUAUGGAAUUUAAGAAAAACAUAUUUUCUAAAUAUGCUGCUUAAGGGAUAAAC